AUGCAUCUUCCCCGCUUCAAGACAGCAGGCUCCUCAAAUGGGAAUGGUGGCUGGAACCUCUCCUUUAGCGACGACAAGGGCGCCGGCGCUGUUGGGGCCAGCGACAGCAACUCGGAUCUCAGCACUGUGCCCAAGCGCGCCGAGGGCCAGGCCGAGCGCAAAGGCUCGACCUUUGGCGCAUUUGCGACCAUCUGCUGUGUCAUCAUCGGAUCGGGCAGUCUGCAGCUGCCGCUGACUCUUAAGCAGUCUGGCUGGAUCGGACUGCUGCUCGUGAUCAUGUCGGGCAUCAUCGGCACAUACACGGGCAUGCUCGUCAUCAAGUCGCUGUACAUGAUGAGCGGCAACAAGGCAGCCUUCGGCCUCCCCGGACGUCUCAUCAUCUACUUUUUCCAUGCCAUCUACGUAAUCGGUAUUGUCGGCGACUACAUCAUCCUGUCGGGCACCAGCUUCCACACUAUUGCCAUGGCCGACGGCCACGACAUCGGCAAGACUACCUGGAUGGUUAUCUGCGCUCUGGUCAUGUGGCUGGCCACGAUCUCCCUGAAGCAGAUCAUCGUCACCAUCCUCAUUGCCAUUAUCCAGUCGUUCAUGUAUCCGUACAAGGGAGACGGCAACGUCCCAUUCGAGCACCACAAGGCCACGCAUCAGUCGGCCAUCGGCAGCGGGGUUCCUCUGGCUCUGACCAGUAUCUCGUUCUCGUUCUGUGCCGUAGUUGUGAUGCCUGGUGUUGAGGCCAGCAUGAAGAAUCCGAACAUGUGGAGCCGCGUUCUUGGCUCGGCCAUGACGGUCGUGACAGGCACAUACGUCUUUAUCGCCACAGUCGGCUACUGGGCGUUCGGCGACCAGGUCGUCUCGCCCGUGCUCGACAACCUGCCGCACAACGCUGCUACCAAGGCUGCCCAGAUCCUGAUUGCCAUGCAUGUAAUCUUUGCCGCGCCGGUCAUGACAGCGUCGCUGUCGCUUGAGCUCGAGCUUGCCCUGGGUGUCACCAAGGAGAAGCUUGGCCGUGUCAAGGAGUUCAUUGGCCGGUUCAUCUUCCGCACAAUCUUCUUUGGCAUCAUGACCGCCAUUGCCAUCGUGAUCCCGUACUUUGGCGAUAUCAUCUCGCUGGUCGGUGCAUUCAGCACGUCGAUUCUGCUGUUCAUCGUGCCUGUUGCCUGCUACCUGAAGCUGCUCGGCUGGAGCCGCGUGACCUGGUACCAGCUCAUUGGUGCUAUUGAGACCCUGCAGGAGCACAUCCGCGAGGACAAAAACAACUAA